UGAAAACAUGGCGGAAAGUCGAAUGAACCUAGCGACUCUGCAGCAGCGAGAUCCAUAUAUUACUGAAAUAGCAGACACUGCGUCGCAAGUUGCGUUAUAUUCGUUUAGUUCUAAGAGUAAUGAAUGGGAGAAGACAUCAAUUGAGGGAUCACUGUUUGUCUACAAAAGGUCUGCCACCCCACUUCAAGGUUUCAUGAUUCUGAAUCGACUGGGUCUCAACAACCUCAUCGAGCCAAUCACCAAGGACUUGGAGUUCCAGGUGCAGGACCCCUUCCUCCUCUACAGAAAUGCCAAAAAUAUCUACGGCAUCUGGUUCUAUGAGAAGGAUGAGUGUGCCAGGAUCGGAAAUCUCAUGAACAAAUUUCUUCAUGUAGCAGUGAGCAAGGCCGACCAGAGCAUCAAGGUCCCAGCACCAGUUCAGAAGGCACCAGAACCAGUUGACCUUACGAAGCAAAUGAUUGGUCGAGACAAGCCACCUGGGACCCAGCCAGGUGAAGGCCAGGUGGACAUUAUGCAGAUGUUGACCAAGGCUCAGAGUGAAUAUGUCAAGGCCAAAGGAGCACCAGGCCCCACAAAGGAGGAGAAGCCACGCCCAAUGACUGACCACAUCACCACUGUCGCCCCCACCAGCAAUGUCAACCUCGUCCGUCCCACGCCAGUCAAGUUCAGCUUGGACGGGUCUCCCUCAGAAGAAAUGCCUGCAAUUGUGUCGGGAAACUUAUCCCAGCCUGCACCUGAUUCUUCUGGGCCAAUGACAUUGGAGGCGUUGUUCCGUAAGGCCAGUAUUAGCCAACACCGGGGAGGGAUGGUGGACGCCUCUACGGCUGAACUUCCAGAUGUCACCAAGCCUUCAGUGUUACAAAGGUCAAUCUCAAUGGUGGAGACAGAAUCUCACAAGGACAAGCUUCCCCCGAUGCUGCAGAAACUCAUCUCUACGGGACAGACAGUGGAGGAGAUCGAGCGUCAGCAGAUCAGCCACAACAUCCACGAGAGACCAAGAUCAGAAGGUUGCGACUCCCUGAAACCCGACGGCACGUCCCCCAUCCCCAUGCAGGACCCCCUCCUUCACAAGCCCCUCAUGGCAGGGCUUCAUCAGCUGCUGGUCCCCGGGGCCUCCAAGCACCACGGUCCUGGGGGUGCCGCACAGCCAGGGGCCAAGUCCUGUGAUGUCACCAUGGCCGGCGACGCCCCUCUGCUGAAACCCAGUGACAUUGAGCAGGGGGGGACAGGACUGGCACAUAGUGCAUCCAUGCUGCCAUCUACUCUGAUGGCUGGUGAUGUUGGUAUCCUCCCUUCUUCAUCAGUGUCAUGUCCCGAUGUGCUGCUGUCUCCCAUGGCGUUCUCGUCAUCACAUGAUAAGAGGAAAAGUCCCCCCCUACCCACCACCCCCACCACACAGCAGCCAGUGGCUCUAGACCGCACCCAGAGUGACGGCUCCGAACCAGAGCAGUCCACUGCCACCAGUCACUCACCUCUCACCAAAGAACAGUUACAGCAAGCUCUGCUUUAUCUCAUUAAGAAUGACAACACUUUUGUGUCAACCGUUCAUGAGGCAUAUCUGAAGAGCUUCAAGGCUCUGUCCGGUCACAAGUCGUAGCAGGAGUCGCCUCCCUUCACUUGUUCCUGCAUUUAAAGACACUCCUUCCAGAGAUAUGAAGGACGUCACAGAGGAGAAUAUCUCUUACACAAUGGCCAAUGUUAUGUACCCGGUAUGGACUGAGGAGAAUGAUGCAGGAUUUUAUGGGUGUUUACCAUAGAGUACAAUGAGAGAACACCUUGCUCGACCAGUUGCAGAGAGCAUUUGUCUGAGACAAUACCGUAUACACUGCUUGUGCAAUAAACCUUCUUAUAGUCAAAGAUAGUAUGUCAGAUUAGCUUGAAGUUAUGGGAGCCAAGUUUAGCUUUGGGAGAAUGUGAGAUAUUGGCUGACAUUAAUAUUCCAGGUGUCUUGUUCCCUGCCAUGGACAGCAUGGUCAGUGGUGGUCAGUGUGGUCUUGCUGAGAACCUCCUAGUCCUGUAUUGCUCAAUAUUUCACAGUCAGUCACAUGGAAACACAGUUUGCUAUUUCAUAACAUGUUCAACACAGACUUUCAUUCAUGUACAAUGUCACACUAAGCUUGUGAUUAGAUUAGGCUGGAGGGAACAUUAUUGUCUGAAAAGUUGUAAUCAGUUGAAUAUGUUAAAGAAUGUCUUAAACAUAAGUUAUACUGAAAAUUUUGGGAUGAUUUCAAAUGUCUGAGCAAGAAUUCCUUUUCAUUCCCUACUUCUGUUAAAUAAUACUGUUAUUGUUUAAAGGUGUACACUCUAUCAUAUUCUUUCAUUGUUAGGAAAUUGUUAGGAAAUCAUUUGGGUUUGAAAUUAAGUCACUUCAUAAUUCAGACAGCAAGCAGGUAUCUUAAUUUUCCCCAGUAUUUGAUAAAUGUGCAAUGUAUUAGAUGUGUGGCGUUACUCAGUGAUGACGUACGUGUUCCAUGUGGUGAUGGAGGAUUGUUUAGUGUUGCAGUACUUAUGUCUGCAGACUUACCUGGUGAUUGGGUGUGAUUCAUGUAGCCAGGCUUAGACCAUAUUUAUAGGAAAACUCAGACAAUGAAAAGAUUUGACUGGUAAACAAUAAAUAGGCCCUGUGGAUCUGGUUCAAUAAACCCAUCCACCCCAAUGAUAAACACCAGGUCCACCCCAAUAACAAACACCAGGUCCCACCCACCCCAAUAACAAACUCUAAGACCAACCACCCCUAUAGUAAACACCAGGUCCAUCCACCCCUAUAAUAAACACUAGGACCACCCACCCCUAUAGUAAACACCAGGUCCAUCCACCCCUAUAAUAAACACCAGGUCCUACCCACCCCUAUAGUAAACACCAGGUCCAUCCACCCUUUAUAAUAAACACUAGGACCACCCACCCCUAUAGUAAACACCAGGUCCAUCCACCCCUAUAAUAAACACCAGGUCCUACCCACCCCUAUAGUAAACACCAGGUCCAUCCACCCUUUAUAAUAAACACUAGGACCACCCACCCCUAUAAUAAACACUAGGACCACCCACCCCUAUAGUAAACACCAGGUCCAUCCACCCCUAUAAUAAACACUAGGACCACCCACCCCUAUAGUAAACACCAGGUCCAUCCACAUCUAUAAUAAACACCAGGUCCUACCCACCCCUAUAGUAAACACCAGGUCCAUCCACCCCUAUAAUAAACACUAGGACCACCCACCCCAAUAGUUAACACCAGGUCCUACCCACCCCUAUAGUUAACACCAGGUCCUACCCACCCCUAUAGGAAGCACCAGACCCUACCCACCCCUACUCUCUAUGCCCUGAUCCCAAGUAUACAACCCUGAUAAGUUAAACUGAUCCAUAAUCUUACAUCAGAGGUUUGACAUUUGCGUUGCAAUUCUUAUCAAAGUUGUUAAAAGUUUGGUGAUGAGGUCCUUCUCCAACUACUGUCAUCGAGGUAACAAACUGAAUCCAGAAAGGAUUUGGUUCAUGUUUGGGAGUCUUUUUAUGUCUUUGUACCCAAGUCAGUGUGGAGUCAAGUGAGUGAUGAUGUUGUCAGAGUUGCCCUCCUACACUGGUGUACCAAGUUUGAUAUGUUCAGUACAUUGUCAGUGUGGAGGCAAGUCAGUGAUGAUGUUGUCAGAGUUGCCCUCCUACACUGGUGUACACUGUUCAGUACAUUGUCAGUGUGGAGGCAAGUCAGUGAUGAUGUUGUCAGAGUUGCCCUCCUACACUGGUGUACCAAGUUUGAUAUGUUCAGUGUGUUGUCAGUGUAUGAGGCUUGUUCCUCUAUGUGCCAAUACGAUUAUGGAUUCUGUCAUUGUACAAGACAUUAUGUUUGAUGACGGAGACAUACAGCAUAAACAUAUUUGUUAUUUUGAUAUUGACCCAUUAAGGAUGUUGUGUUUCUAUUUGUUAGCCCCGGUGAAAUAUGUAACAUUCAUAAAAGAAUUUCAUCCCAAACAUUUAUAGUUCAGCCUUACCAGUACCAUAAAUUCUCAAAUAUAGGCUCGGUCCAAAGUGUGUUCAUUUCAAAAGCACCCAUUUCUUUCAUCAGGCCAGUGUCAGUUAGCCAGAUUUUGUGCUCAAGUUUGUGAUUGGUUCUUGACCAUCUUAAUACUGACCAAUUUGGCUGAUUAACAUAUGAUGUCCUCAAGUUGGAGUUUAAUUGGUCUAAAUACAGCAGUGUUUGGUUAAAACUAAACACACACAACACACCCACAACACACACACCCACAGUCUGGUUGCCAGUCAAUGAAUACAUACAGUGUUAAGACAACACAAGCAUCAGAGUAUUGGUACUCUUGCAGUAUAUUGAUACCUGUCAGCUGUAUUGAUGGCACCAGCAUUGGUACUCCUGCAGUAUAUCGAUACCUGUCAGCCAUAUUGGUGGCACCAGCAUUGGUACUCUUGCAGUAUAUUGAUACCUGUCAGCUGUAUUGAUGGCACCAGCAUUGGUACUCCUGCAGUAUAUCGAUACCUGUCAUACAUAUUGGUGGCACCAGCAUUGGUACUCCUGCAGUAUAUCGAUACCUGUCAGCUGUAUUGAUGGCACCAGCAUUGGUACUCCUGCAGUAUAUCAAUACCUGUCAUACAUAUUGGUGGCACCAGCAUUGGUACUCCUGCAGUAUAUCGAUACCUGUCAUACAUAUUGGUGGCACCAGCAUUGGUACUCCUGCAGUAUAUCGAUACCUGUCAUACAUAUUGGUGGCACCAGCAUUGGUACUCCUGCAGUAUAUCGAUACCUGUCAGCCAUAUUGGUGGCACCAGCAUUGGUACUCCUGCAGUAUAUUGAUACCUGUCAGCCAUAUUGGUGGCACCAGCAUUGGUACUCCUGCAGUAUAUUGAUACCUGUCAUACAUAUUGGUGGCACCAGCAUUGGUACUCCUGCAGUAUAUUGAUACCUGUCAGCCAUAUUGGUGGCACCAGCAUUGGUACUCCUGCAGUAUAUUGAUACCUGUCAUACAUAUUGGUGGUACCAGUAUUGGUACUCCUGCAGUAUAUCGAUACCUGUCAGCCAUAUUGGUGGCACCAGCAUUGGUACUCCUGCAGUAUAUCGAUACCUGUCAGCCAUAUUGGUGGCACCAGCAUUGGUACUCUUGCAGUAUAUCAAUAACUGUCGGCUAUAUUGGUGGCACCAGCAUUGGUACUCCUGCAGUAUAUCAAUACCGGUCUGCCAUAUUGGUGGCACCAGCAUUGGUACUCCUGCAGUAUAUGGAUACCUGUCAUACAUAUUGGUGGCACCAGCAUUGGUACUCCUGCAGUAUAUGGAUACCUGUCAUACAUAUUGGUGGCACCAGCAUUGGUACUCCUGCAGUAUAUGGAUACCUGUCAUACAUAUUGGUGGCACCAGCAUUGGUACUCCUGCAGUAUAUGGAUACCUGUCAUACAUAUUGGUGGCACCAGCAUUGGUACUCUUGCAGUAUAUGGAUACCUGUCUGCCAUAUUGGUGGCACCAGCAUUGGUACUCCUGCAGUGUAUCGAUACCUGUCUGCCAUAUUGGUGGCACCAGCAUUGGUACUCAUGCAGUAUAUCAAUACCGGUCUGCCAUAUUGAUGGCACCAGUAUUGGUACUCCUGCAGUGUAUUGAUACCUGUUGGCCAUAUUGGUGGUACCAGUAUUGGUACUCUUGCAGUAUAUCGAUACCUGUCAGCCAUAUUGAUGGCACCAGUAUUGGUACUUCUGCAGUGUAUCGAUACCUGUCAUACAUAUUGGUGGCACCAGCAUUGGUACUCUUGCAGUGUAUUGAUACCUGUUGGCCAUAUUGGUGGUACCAGUAUUGGUACUCUUGCAGUAUAUCGAUACCUGUCAGCCAUAUUGAUGGCACCAGUAUUGGUUCUCCUGCAGUGUAUCGAUACCUGUUGGCCAUAUUGGUGGCACCAGCAUUGGUACUCUUGCAGUAUAUCAAUACCUGUCAGCCAUAUUGAUGGCACCAGUAUUGAUACUCCUGCAGUAUAUGGAUACCUGUCAACCAUAAGUGGUACCAACAUUGGUACCCUUGCAGUAUAUCAAUACCGGUCUGCCAUAUUGAUGGCACCAGUAUUGGUACUCCUGCAGUGUAUUGAUACCUGUUGGCCAUAUUGGUGGUACCAGUAUUGGUACUCUUGCAGUAUAUCGAUACCUGUCAGCCAUAUUGAUGGCACCAGUAUUGGUACUUCUGCAGUGUAUCGAUACCUGUCAUACAUAUUGGUGGCACCAGCAUUGGUACUCUUGCAGUGUAUUGAUACCUGUUGGCCAUAUUGGUGGUACCAGUAUUGGUACUCUUGCAGUAUAUCGAUACCUGUCAGCCAUAUUGAUGGCACCAGUAUUGGUUCUCCUGCAGUGUAUCGAUACCUGUUGGCCAUAUUGGUGGCACCAGCAUUGGUACUCUUGCAGUAUAUCGAUACCUGUCAGCCAUAUUGAUGGCACCAGUAUUGAUACUCCUGCAGUAUAUGGAUACCUGUCAACCAUAAGUGGUACCAACAUUGGUACCCUUGCAGUAUAUCAAUACCGGUCGGCCAUAUUGGUGGCACCAGCAUUGGUACUCCUGCUGUAUAUUGAUACCUGUUGGCCAUAUUGUGGCACCAUCAUUGGUCAACGCAACUGAGCAUCAGCCGAAAUUAAAAUUGGCCUGUAGAGUAAAAAAGAGUUCCUGAAUUUUGGAAAAUAGAAAGUAACAGUCCUGAGUGGACAAUGUUUGCCAAGAACCAAUCACAGAUGGGCAUACUCUCCCUAAACACAACAAACCUAUAUAGGUUACUCUUCAUGAUCAGUAUUACCUGCUGUAAUUUAGCUGCUGCUACAUAUUGCCACACCCUCUACACAUCAGACAAUGUCUGUCUUCCACAGUCUUACCAUAUUGAUGUUGUCUGUGAUUACACAUACUCAGUUGAUCAAUGUGAUCUCAAGGAUGUAACACAUGCAGUCACUAUUUAUUCAGCACCUACUGUGUAUAGUCAUUGUAUUUAUGAUGUGUACAACCCAUGUGAACACACUGUAAACACUGUUCCCCAUUGUCAUCCCCCCCUAAUACCCAGGUCAGGUUCACUGACGUUCAGUUGUCAGCCCCGACACUGUAUAUUCAUGAUGUUCAGCCCCGACACUGUAUAUUCAUGAUGUUCAGCCCCGACACUGUAUAUUCAUGAUGUUCAGCCCCGACACUGUAUAUUCAUGAUGUUCAGCCCUGACACUGUAUAUUCAUGAUGUUCAGCCCCGACACUGUAUAUUCAUGAUGUUCAGCCCCGACACUGUAUAUUCAUGAUGUUCAGCCCCGACACUGUAUAUUCAUGAUGUUCAGCCCCGACACUGUAUAUUCAUGAUGUUCAGCCCCGACACUGUAUAUUCAUGAUAUUUAUGUCUAGAACGUAUGUGAAGACUUCAUUCUGCUCCAGUGUCAUUCUCCGCAUCAUCCACCCCCAAUACCCACAUCCACUCACAUUCAGUCGUCACAGGGUCCGUACAGGCUUGGAAAUGCUUUGAAUUUUUUCGGUUCCUUUUGAAAAGCCUUGUUUUUUAGUGUCAACUUUGAAAGGCCUUGAAAAUCACCAAAUUUUCAUGAAUAGCCUUGAAUUUGUACAAAGUGGCGUAUACUUGUUAAUCAAUAAUUAAAGCAGACUGAAGCAUACCAAAGAUGUUUGAGUGAGAUUUAUCACAGUGAUAGAUUUGUGUGCCAAAGACCCUAAAGAAUUCAUGGCUGACAAUAUUAAUAUAUAUUUUUUGUUGGGAGAAAAAUAUAUCUUGUUGGAAAAUAUGUCAUGGUCAUUCUGCUUUUUAUAUAGUAUGCUGAAUUUAAUGAAAUAUUGACAGACUAAGGCUAAUAACCCAACUAAAAAGGCCUUGAAAAAGACUGUUGCAGCCAUGGAAAGCCUUGAAAAGACCUUCAGUUGUAGUGGUCCAUAUCUGUAUGAACCUUGCGUCAGCCCUGACACUUCAUUCAUUGUAUUUAUGAUGGCUACAACUCCUAUAACCCCUGCAAUCUUCUCCUCAUUGUCAUCUACACCUAAUACCCAGGUCAGACCCACUGACAUUCAGUCAUCUACCCCUAAUACCCAGGUCAGACCCACUGACAUUCAGUUAUCAGCCCCUAAUACCCAGGUCAGACCCACUGACAUUCAGUCAUCUACCCCUAAUACCCAGGUCAGACCCACUGACAUUCAGUCAUCUACCCCUAAUACCCAGGUCAGACCCACUGACAUUCAGUCAUCUACCCCUAAUACCCAGGUCAGACACACUGACAUUCAGUUAUCUACCCCUAAUACUUAAGUUAUAUUCAGGUGUCAGCAGGGACAUUGCUUCUUCAUGUGGAGCUGAUUUCUAGUUGAGGUCUAGAUGUUGUGAUUAAUUACAUGUGUGAAACUGAGCUGGUAGAUUACUAUACAGCAUUAAUAUUUGAGUUGACCCAUGAAGAUCCAGGGUGAUCUUCAGCAAGCAAUGCUUGGCGUAACAGAUGACUAUGAUUGUCAUAAGAGGCGACGAACGGGAUAGGGUGGUCAGGUUCACUGACUUGGUUGAUGCAUGUCAUCAUUGCCAUACCGAUGCUCAUGAUGUCAAUCACUGGACUGUCUGGUCCAGACCCUAUUGUUUACAGACCACUGUCAAAUAGCUGGAAUAUUGCUGAGUGUGGCGUUAAACAACAAACAAAUUUAUGUACUAAAAUAGUUGCUAGGACUACCAACUGACUCAACCCAAGUCUCCCUGAACAUUAUCUCUAUAUCAACUGUGGGGCAGUCGGGUAGCCUAGUGGUUAAAGCGUUCGCUCGCCACGCCGAAAACCCAGGUUCGAUUCCCGACAUGGGUACAAUGUGUGAAGCCCAUUGCUGGUGUCCCCCGCCGUGAUAUUGCUGGAAUAUUGCUAAAAGCGGCGUAAAACCAUACUCACUCACUCACUAUAUCAACUGUGAUCAGUGCCUCAGCCAGUUUUAUUUGAAAACAUUUUGUGCAUAUGAGCUUGGAGUGGUUGGUGAUAUAUCUUGCUAUUUGGCCUUGUACUAGUUGGGUAGUUAUUUUUAGCUCAUGACAAUUCCAAUAUUUCUUUUUUAGGUUUAAAUUAUUGCUUUGGGUAUUCCUUUUUACAGUAUUGACAUGACUCCAUGUGGGGAUGAGAGGUGGUGAGUUCAUAACAUUGUCAUUUGUUCAGCCUUUCUGUGCCAAUAUGGAGCUCGGUGCAUUGUGUUUAAAAAAACGUGUACAUUUUGUGUUUAUUUUUGUGUGAUAUUGUACAGAUCGAAAUUGUGAUACUGUCAAAUCAAACCAAUGUCUUUAAAUUCUUCUUCAUAUUGUGUUUCUGCCAGAUUAGUAGGUGAUUAUGAUGGCCAUUUGUUAUAUUUUAUUUCCACAAAUGUUGAUUGUGUUCGCAGUGAUGAUAUUAUUUGGCAAACAAAGCUGCAAGUUUUAGUUGUUCUUAACAAAGUACAGAUUUUCAAAUGAGAUUUUAAAGAUAAAAAUACUGUCUGGUUGGAACAAAUGUAUUUUGCAUUGGUAGUGGCGUAUUCAAAGGACAAAUUCUGAUUUUAGGUCAUCGAAAAAUGAUUGAUGCACAGGAUUUAAUUUUAUACAUACCACGAAGAUUUCCAGGCAUAUCAGUAUAGAAUGACAGUGAAAGAGUUCUGUUGCCAGAUGCAUGGAUUACCUCCCUUGGACCAGAAAUGCAGUUGGUCUUGAUGACCAGUUUUCAAAGUGGUUUCAGAGCUAUAAUUGUUGUCCAUUUAUGUUCACUGUGAGAGUAACAGUCUUAGUACUAAGAUCAUUUUGUGAAACAAGACCCUGGUACUUUUAGUUAUGCAAAUGUUGGAUGAUGAUGGUAUUUAGAAUAAUAAUUGGUGCAUCACUGCAGUUUAGGGAAGUUUCAUGUGAGUAAAGGGAAGAUUUCUUAGUGCUCUACAUUAUGGGGUAGGUGAGCUUGGACGUUUUGUAGAACUUAAAUGAUUGUCUCUGGAGAUCAUGAGAGUGUAUGGGAGGGUUCCACCAUGUGAUCUUAGUGAUCUAUAUCUUGAGGACCCGUGAAGAUCCUGGGGUAGACUACGUCUUCAGCAACCCAUGCUUGCCGUAAAAGGCAAUUGCGUGGAUCGAUGUUCAUGAUAUCAAUCACUGGAUUGUCUGGUCGAGACUUGAUUAUUUACAGACCGCCGUCAUUUAGCUGCAAUAUUGCUGAGUGUGGCGUAAAACAACAAACCAUCCAACUAUAUCUUGUGACUUAGGAUAGUUGGAGUGCUAAGACCCAUACAACGAAGGUACGCAUUUCCCCAUGUAACGUUUGCGCUAAGACAGUCAGAACUCCUUAUCAAUGAGACCAAGAUAGGCAGAGCAUAAUGACCACUUUGUAGAACAGAGAUCUUGACAGAGAGAGGAUAUGGGAGGAUUCCACUGUAUAAUUUUAGUGCAAAGACUAUUAUAACUCCAUAUACUGAGACUUAGAUGGUCGGUAGAUGCUGAGACUGCUUUGUAGAAUAAAGGUCCUGGGUGCCGUUGUACUAAGUGAUCUUAACGUAAGGUGCUCGUAACUCCCAUACUUUAACAUAGACUUACGACAGUCGUAGCGCUACGGUUGUUUUGUACAACGGCACCCUGGUCUCUGAUGCUGGUAGAGACGAUAACAGUAUGUGGGACUGUUCCACCACGUGAUCUUGGUGCUAAGACUUGGAAUAAUCAUAGGCAUAGUCAGAGGUUGUUGGCUCAGUUGCAGGUCUGCGCUUUUACUGCUCAAUAUUGUCAACCUCUGGUUAAUAGAUAAUACGUGGAAUUUCAACACAUACUUCUGAAACCUGUACAAAACUCAGAAUUUGUCUUUAUUAUAUGUCUAGAUGCAUGAGAAACUUGUGCCAAUUAUGUAGAUAUGUAUUGUAAGCAUUAACUAGGCACACGACUAGUGUGUGUCCCAUGACAUGAUACAAAUGCUUAUGUUUUUUCAUUGAUCAUAUUUUUGCAAGAAAUUUUACAUGUCAGAAGAAAACCUAACACUAAAUUUACUUUUUAAUAUUUUCAGUAAGGUGCUGUGUUUCAUUUUAAGUUGUGGAAUUCAUUUUUAGGACAGUUUUGCAUGAUAAACUCAAAAACAGGACUUAUUUAUUGUAUAACUUUAUACAUUGUUUAACAUUUGGUUGCCAUGGUUAACUGUAAUUGUGAUCUUUGGUUGUGACAUUGUCCGGUCUUAUACAUCAUUUAACAAGGAAACAAAUACUUAAUGAUAUUUCAUUACGUUUUUUUAUGGUUUGACUUCCCUAUACAAGAUCCCAAGAAUUGAUAUUGAAAUAAGAAUGCAAUCUGACUUUGAGACUUAUUAAGUGUGUAUUGAAUAGAUCGCUAUCAGUCAUUCAGACAGCAUCUUUUUCUAAAUGACACAAUACAUGUAUUUGCUAUUAUUAGGAUGGUGAGUAAAUUUGAUACACUGUAGUUAUCAUGGCAUGCACAUACUUAAAUUUUACCUGAAUUUAAUUCUAUCAAUUAAUGCAAUAGUAAACAAUAGAAAUAAACAAAAUGAACAUGA